UGCAACAUUUUCAUCACUUUUCAACAUAAAUAUUAAAUUUAUACUUAUAUUUAUAUUUAUAUACAUAUAAUCCAUGAGCUAAAGCAUUCAGACAACAACCUUUGCAACUUGAGAAAAUGUUGGACGUUAUUUUUGGAUGGGGAAAGGCAUCUAAGUGUAAGAAAUUGCUGAGAAGGGUCCAGUGCCGCCUUAAGCUUCUCAAGAACAAGAGAAGUUCGAUUCUGAGGUAUUCACGCGAUGAUGUUGCUCUGCUUCUCAAGUUUGGCUAUGAUCAGAAUGCCUUCAAUCGGGUAGAGCAUAUCAUCAAGGAUGAAAGAAUGUUUGCUGUGUAUGAUCUGUUGGAAGCUUUCUGUGAAUUUAUUGUAAUUAAUCUUCCCUAUAUCCGAAAGCACAGGGACUGUCCUAAUGACAUCAAUGAGGCAGUGUCAACUCUUGUAUUCGCAUCUGCAAGAUGUGGGGAUCUGCCUGAGCUUUGCAAGCUCCGAAGUCUCUUUGCCAAACGUUAUGGUCAGAAGAUGACAAAGAUUGCUCUUGAGUUACUUCCCGGAAAUCUUGUGAACCAAACAAUCAAAGAAAAUCUCUCUGCAAAAUCAGUAUCUGAUGAUGCUAGAUAUAAAUUAAUGGAUGAAAUAGCUAGCAGCAUUAAAGAAGAACCGUUGGCACUUGAGUACACUCCCGAGUGGCAACAACUUCAGACAACAAAUCCUGAAAGCCAUAGCCUCCCAAAACCUCAAGAAAGCCAAAGCAGCGACAGCGAAACAAUUCCAGAAAGUGGCACUUAUGGUAAGCACAGUGAAUAUGGAGAUUCUGAUUUACAGGCAAUGAUUGUUAGCAAGGCUGAAGGGAAUGAAGAGGGAAACAGAUCUCCACUAGCACUAGACUACUCCAAGCAACCUUUUCUAACUGAAAGACGCGAGGAAGGAGGUAUAUAUGAAGAUUCUACAUCAGAAAUGCUAUCUGACCAAAAGCCAGAAAAAAUUGUUUAUCUAGAUGACAUUGAGGAGUUCAAGUUUCCUGUUCGCAAAGAUGGUAAUAAUAUCCAAGAUCAAAGACUUUUUCUGUUCAAAUCAUCUGAUUCCACACGAAAGGAAUCUGAAGUCUGGUAUGAUGGAGAUAUAGAUCUACAUAGCUCAAUGAAUAAGAAAGCAAGCUCAAAAAGCUAUAUAAAGAGUAGGAAGGGAGAUGGGAAUAAAUUGAGAAAGAGAACACAGUCUGCAGAGAAUAUAAAUGUUAAUGAUUUGGAAUCUUCUAUUUAUUAUGGGGGUUCUAUGAAUUCGAAUCUCAAAUCUUACGAGUGCAGAGAUCUUCCCAAGAAGGUGCAAGUGAAAGAUGGCAGCGAUGAUUCAGAAAGUCCACCUUUGCUGCCAAAGAGGAGAAUUGUAGCUGUGGAAGAUUCUCAUGGGGUAAAAAAUAAGCCAGGUUCUUGCAAUGGAGUCACAACUACCCAACCUGAAAGUGUGCACAAAGAAAAGAUGUAUGUUGACUAUCUUCCUUACGAACACAUGAGUCAAGCGAAACAGGAAGCAGAAUGUAUUAGCACCUUGAUAAGACCGAAACAAACUCAACACUCUUACACGAGGGCCACCACUAUGCCACCUAAAAGGCCCGAAGAUGAUCAGGCUGAUAGCAUUCUCCGGUCCAAAUCAUUCCCAUUCCAACAGCCAACUGAUCUUUGGAGUAAUGCACCUCGUUCUCCUUGUAUUCAUCCAAAGCUGCCUGACUACAACGAAUUAGCAGAACAGUUUAUGGCUCUCAAGAAAGCUGCAUUGCAGAAGCAGCCCCAGAGGAGAAAGUAGUGACUUAGGCAUAGUAAUCUUCAGCUCAUUGUUUUCUGAUAUCAUCUGCCAUGUUCAACAUUUUUGCAUUGAUUAAUUUGAAUUUUGAUAGAGUUGUAGGUUUAUGGUCAUUUUGUAGAAAUAGAUGGGAGAUUUUCUUUAUUGUUUAAUCUAUUGAUUUUAAA